AUGUCCGCCUCGCAAAUCCAGCCCGUCAGCCUGCUCGAUAUCGUGCAUAAUGGAUCACUGGACCUGCAGUGGGACCCAUUCCACUCGCAUGUUGACGCUUUCCUCCGAGCUAUCGACAAAUAUGCUCAAGAAGCGCGCAUCGAAAUUGCGAGUCGGGCCACAGAGCACAGCGAACAAGUCCGGGAGUUCAAGGCCGGUAAAGAAGAAAUGGAGCGGCGAAUCAACAAUGAGCGGGAAAAGGAAGCUCAAAUGCUAGCUUCGCUCGAAUCGGAGCGACACGCACAUACCGACCUCCAAGCGGCCGUAUCUCACCUCCAAACGACCCUCCAAAAAGUUAGGGAAGAGACCGCCGCGCUCGAAGUGGAGCUCCGGUCCGUCAAGCGCGAAGUGGCCGGCGAGCGUGCUGAGAAGGAGCGGCAGCGCGCGACGCUCGAUGAUCAGAAGGCGCAGGAUCAGCGGGAGGUGGAGGUUUUGGAGGAUAUACUGGGGUUGAAUAUCGUGGGCGGGGAUCAGCCGAAUACGCUGUUGUUCAAGUUUAGGCUGGUGGAUCCUCUGGAGCCGGAGAGGGAGUUUGCGCUGGUAGCGGAUGUGUCGCAGUAUGACUAUAAGGUCACGCGCUGCGACCCUCCGAUCCCGAAUCUAGGGGUACUGGUACAACAGCUGAAUGAAGACCGGAACAUCAUGGCCUUCAUCAAGCGAGCGCGGAAAGCAUUCCGGCAACUCGUACCCGAACCGCCUAAACCACCAUCCCGAUUCGACGAUCUCUCAGGUCCGGGCGCAAAGCCCUCCGCAUCGCAGAAGAAGGGAGCCGAAGAUGUCUUGGAUGGCGCAGGGGUAUCAGAGCUGCGACUGGAGUGA